GAAACGUUAGAAAUUGGUGCAAUGAGUAAUAUGAGUGCACGAGUUUACGUUGGACGCUUGUCCUAUCGAGCGUCAGAACGUGAUAUUGAACACUUUUUCCGUGGUUACGGACGCAUACGUGACAUAGUACUCAAAAAUGGCUUUGGUUUUGUGGAAUUUGAUGAUCCACGCGAUGCAGAUGAUGCUGUCUAUGAACUGAACGGGAAAGAAUUAUGUGGUGAGCGCGUAAUAUUGGAGUUUUCACGUCGUGGACCCAGGAGUCGCAUGGGAUUCGGUGGGUUUGAUCGAUUUCCGCCACCGAGAAGGGAAUCAAGAUAUGGCCCACCACAGCAAACUCGAUAUCGACUAAUUGUUGAAAACCUUUCGUCUCGUUGUUCGUGGCAGGGAUGUAAACGUGUAAAGGGAAGGAGAAGACCAAAUUGGCCAGGAGGUAGUCGCGAGCUGGUGCAGCUCAGAAUGGUUAAUCAGUGGUACGUAGGCGUGUUGUGUUAUUGGUGCGUUCGAGCCGGGGCUCGUGAUUUGGAUCUCAAAGAUAUUAUGCGGACAGCUGGUGAAGUUACUUUUGCCGAUGCCCACAAGCAACAUCCGAACGAAGGCAUUGUUUGUUUUCUCACACGGGACGACCUCGAAAGGGCUCUUGAUAAGUUGCAAGGUAAAGAAGUCAAUGGACGUAAAUUGAAAUUGAUUGACGAUUCUGAGCGACGAGAUAGUCGAAGUCGUUCCCGUUCACGCCAUCGUUCUCGUUCACGCUCGCGCAGCUCUCGCAGUCGUUCAUCUCGUUCUCGAACUGGUUCUAAGUCACGUUCACCUACUCCAAAAAGGGAUGGCGAGGGUUCAAAGUCUCGUAGUCGUUCUGGAAGUGGUCGAUCUCGUUCUCGAUCAAGAGAUGAUCGUUCUUGUGAAAGAAAUAGAGAUGAGAACCGUACAGGAGCUACUGAGAAUGGUAAUGGUGUUGAGCGUAGUGCUACGAGAGCUAGUGAUGAACCAAUGAAAGAUGAAAGUCCAGAACAUAAUAACGAUUAUAACUGA